UAGCGAAGGUUGAGUAUAAUCAGUAGUGACCUGAAUGUGAUCAAAAUUUUCAGUCAUAUACUACUACAAUUUAAACAGAAAUAGUCCUUUUCUCGAUGAUACUUUACCUUUUAAUUAAGAUACCGCGGCCCUAACCACAGGUUUUGCCAAUGGCUAUGGUGCUACUGUGCGCUGUAUGAUUCCACUAGAUAUCAAGGUACUUUUGUAAGACAGAUUCUCUGGCUGUCAGUGACUGUAACUCUGCCAAAUUUGGACAUACAAGAAACAGGAAACCUGAAUAUUGUAUAUUUAUAUAUUUCAAGGUGAAAUGAUUGGUACAUCAAUUGAAACCUGUUGCAGGCAGUGAGAUAUAUACAGGGUACAUACCAGUACAGCAAGUAACUUUCAGUGCGUGUUAUACUCGGUGACACUCCUCUUUUACCUGGAGAUGGAGCUGUCCCACCACCCACCACCUUCUUCAGCGUCCAGUGGUAAUGUUGAUGUGCUUAUAAGUCAUAAUCAAAAGGAUAAAGAAUUUGCAGACUUCCUGGCAGAUGCAUUAAAGAAAGAAGGUAUUCAUUGUGAACUUGGAGACCCAAAGAAAGCUGAUGCCCAAAGAGUAUUAGAUUGUAAGGUCCUUGUCCAGGUGCUAAGUGAAGAAGCAGCAGUGGACCACCACCUGCAAGAUGAAGUGUCUUUGGCAUACAUAUCUAAUAAAGCAGUCUUUCCUGUUGGGCUGAAGUAUUAUGGAAAGAUUGCAUCCCGCCUAUCCCCUGGAAUGAAACUUAUGUUGGCCAAGAUCAAUUGGACAUUUUUUGUCACUAAGGAACAUGAGGUAGAACACCUUCCUGGCCUUAUAAGUGGAAUCAAGUUUGAAAUUGACUCCUUUAAGUCAAGACAGGAAGAACUCGCUAGGCAGGAGGGAACAUAUAGAAUUAAUUUCAGCAGAAUGACCAGUAAAACAGAAAGUGCCAAUUCAGAGGGAGAUUCAGAAAACAUUGACUUCUGGGACAGACACUUUGCCAACCAAACUGAGGUUUCGUGGAAUGACUUUAGAGAGCGUUUUGUCAGUGACUAUGGUGAAAGAUUAAAAGAACAAUUUGGGGAUGAAAAUGAUGACAGAACCAAAUGGAUCACUCACUUGAUCUAUCAAGAUAUUUUUGAGUUAAGGAAACACAUUGCAAGAAAUGUCUAUGAUAGAUUUUGUGGCACAACAGAUGUAGCCUACAAUCGCAGAGAUCUUUUCUGCAAUAGAAUGACUGAAUAUGCAGUGGCUUAUCUUGCCAUGAAAGAAGUAUUCAGUAUGGACAGCUCAGUUAGAUUGACAGCAGUCAGAAAUUUAGACUCAUUUCAUACUUCUGGUGUGAGACACAUGCUGCUAACACUUAUAAGAGAUCAAGAUCCAAAUAUGAGAGCUGUGGCAGCUCUUGCUCUGGGACGAACAGGUACUAAUGACUUUCGAGUUAUUGAUUCCCUAAUCAAAGCCCUCAAGGAUGAAGACCGUUUGGUUCGUGAGGCAACAUGCAUCUCUCUUGGAAAACUGAAAGUGAUGAAAGCCAUAGGCCUUCUGUUGGAAGUGUGGCGAAAUGAACCAAUUAAAGAUGUGCGCCAAGCAGCAGAGAAAGCUUUAAAUUUGAUGGGAGGGAAGGAUGCAGAGAAAGCUAUUAAGGUCACACAGGUUUUGAACUCAGAGAUUCAGAAGUUGAAGAUGGCCAAGAAAGCAUAAUACGAUGUGAUUAAUGAAAUGAACAA